CAAACUUGAACUCAUGCCAAAAACGUUGUCACCAUUUUUCAUUUUGAAAUUUAAACUGGAAGGAGGUAGUAGUACUAAUGAGGCAUUUAUCUUUUCCGAUGAGUUCCAGAAGGUUGAUUCUCUUGUUGUUGAUAGUUUAAGACAUUUGGAAGGCGUAUUGCGUAUAUAGAAACAUUAGUAAGGUGGCUGUGCGCAUCAACAGAUCAACUUUUGCUUCGCAAUCUAAAUGAGUUUCCAGGUACUCGGCAGCACUUCAGUUGCACAGCCGCCGCUGCCAUUACCAUCGUCCCUUGUCUCCAGGAGCCGCAUCCCAGCCCAUGCUUACACUCAACCCACAAUCCUCUUGGAGCUCUGCAUUUCCACAAAAGAGCUCCACCAAAUGCUCCCUGUCGUGAUCAAGAACGGCCUAUACAAUGGCCACCUCUUCCAAACCAAGCUCCUCAGCCUUUUCUCUAAAUUUGGCAGCUUGAACGACGCUGUCAAAUUCUUUGAAUCCGUCAGUAGCUCCAAACCGGAUGCUCUCUACCACACUAUGCUCAGAGCCUAUACCAGUCACUCCUCUUUGGAGUCUUGCUUCUCCUUCUACUCUCGUAUGAGGUCAGACAAUGUAGCUCCCGUUGUACAUGACUACGCGUAUUUGAUUAAGGCCUGCGCACAAAGUUCUGAUAUUCGGAAGGGUAAACAGAUACACGGGCAGUUGAUACUGAAUGGCUUUUCGAGUAAUCUGUUUGCUAUGACGGGCGUUGUGAAUCUAUAUGUGAAAUGUGGGCUGCUGGAAGAUGCGCUCAGACUGUUUGAGAGAAUGUCUGACAGGGACUUGGUGGCUUGGAACACAGUUAUUGCUGGGUUUACACAGAAUCGAAUGCCUAAGAGGGCGUUGGAAGUGCUUUUGAGGAUGCACAGGGAAACAUCUCAUAGGCCUGAUUUGAUCACGGUGGUUUCAAUUUUGCCCGCCUGUGCUGCUAUUGGAUCCUUGAGGAUUGGGAAAUCCGUACAUUGUUAUGUCCUAAGAAACGGGUUGGUAUCUUCUGCAAAUGUUUCAACUGCUCUGGUGGAUAUGUAUGCAAAAUGUGACUCUGUCAGUGCUGCAAGGUUGGUCUUUGAUAAGAUGCAUCUUAGGACAGUGGUUUCAUGGAAUGCUAUGAUUGAUGGGUAUGCACAAAGUGGGAAUUCAAAUGAAGCUCUAGUUUUGUUUGAAAAUAUGCUAAAUGAAGGAUUGAAGCCAACCAACGUCACUGUCAUGGCUGCUCUACAUGCAUGUGCUGAAUCGGGGAAUAUCGAGUUCGGGCGAAACAUUCAUGAAAUGAUUGAUCAAUUAGGACUUGGGGCAGACUCUUCCGUUGUUAAUACUUUAAUCUCAAUGUAUAGUAAAUGCAAAAGAGCCGACAUUGCUUAUGGAUUGUUUGAGAUUACUACCAGAAAGACGCUUGUAACUUGGAAUGCUAUGAUUUUGGGCUUUGCACAAAGCGGACAAGUAUUGGAAGCCAUAAAUCUCUUCUGCAAAAUGCAACUGCAGAACAUCAAACCUGACUCGUUCACUCUGGUUAGUGUUGCCACAGCUCUUGCUGAGCUAUCAGUGUUACGCCAGGCCAAGUGGAUCCAUGGACUUGCUAUAAGGACUUGUUUGGACAAAAGCAUGUUUGUUGUAACUGCCCUUCUUGACAUGUAUGCAAAAUGUGGAGCCGUUUCCACUGCAAGAAAGUUGUUUGACAUGAUGGAUGAUGAUAGGGAGGUAAUAAUAUGGAAUGCCAUGAUUGAUGGAUACGGGACACACGGUUUUGGAAAGAAAGCUAUUGAAUUAUUUGAGGAAAUGCCCAAACGAUCCAUAAAGCCGAAUGACAUCACAUUCUUAUGUAUCAUCUCAGCUUGCAGCCACUCGGGCUUUGUAGAGAAGGGGAAGCACUACUUUAAAAUCAUGAAGGAAGAAUACGGGAUAAAACCCUUAAUGGACCAUUACGGUGCAAUGGUUGACCUUCUUGGUCGUGCCGGUCGACUUGAUGAGGCUUGGGAUUUUAUCAAUAAUAUUCCAGUCAAGCCCGAGGUCAAUGUAUUUGGGGCAAUGUUGGGUGCUUGCAAGAUCCACAAGAAUGUUGAGUUGGGCGAGAAGGUUGCAGACAAACUAUUUGAGUUAGAACCAGGUGAUGGUGGGUACUAUGUUCUGCUUGCUAAUAUAUACGCCUCGGCUUCAUUAUGGAAAAAAGUGGCCCAAGUAAGAAUUUUGAUGGAGAAAAAAGGGAUUCGGAAAGCACCAGGGUGUAGUUUGGUGGACUUGAGAAAUGAGGUUCACACUUUUUACUCUGGAAGUACUGCCCACCCACUGUCAAAGCAAAUCUAUGCAUACCUUGAAACUCUGAUAGAGAGGAUUAAAGCUGCGGGGUAUAUACCCAAUACAGAUUCAUUUCAUGAUGUGGAAGAUGAUGUUCAGGAAAAGCUGGUCAGUACCCAUAGUGAGAAGCUGGCUAUUGCAUUUGCGCUUAUAAAUACCAGUCAUGGUACAACUAUUAAUAUCAGGAAGAACCUUCGGGUUUGUGGUGAUUGCCAUACUGCCACGAAAUUCAUUUCUCUUGUGACUCAAAGAGAAAUUGUUGUGCGCGAUAUGCACCGGUUCCACCACUUCAAAAAUGGAACCUGCUCUUGUGGAGAUUAUUGGUGAUCCCCAUGACAGGUCAGACGAAGUCUCCGGCACACCUUGAGGGAAUGUUCGUGGAAACUGUCCAAAAUAAUCACUAUUACGUGCAAGUUGCAAACAUGAAAACUGCAGAUUGGAAACUGCAGAUCUAACCGUUGAUCAGUGCUGUUUUGGUUUUAUUUGGACUUUACAGAUUGCCAUGUGUACACUGUACAAAUAUGAGAAUUUUUAGUGGCACAUGUAUCCAUGUGGUCAUAUUUAGUGUGUUAUGUUUUCUUGUAGUACAUGUAUCUGAUCUAUACUCCGUAUAUUUUUGCUAAGAUUGCCAUGUGGUUUUUAAUUGCAGGUGUGACUUUAAUAGCUUGAAUUUGUAAUCAAUAUAUGCCACAUAUGUACUAUAAAUCUUAGGUGGGAGCUGUUUUGGUCCAGACGAUUGAGUUUUUAUAUAUAAAGAUUAUAUCACACCAAAAUCAAGAAAAUCCAAGGCAGCAAGAGUGAGGAAAUCUUUGAUUACUACAACCUAAACCCUCAGUUAUUCAUCAAUGAAGUUAUCGAUCCCGUGAACACCACUGUAAAUGAAGCAUUUGAGUUCUUUUUGCAGGAAACAGCAACAGUUCUGAAAAUUGAGAGUACAGAAUACAGAUCGAUUUGAACCUCUAAAAAGGGUGUAGAAUAUAUACGGAACAUGGUUCAGAUGAAGCUUGACAAGCGUCAUUAUAUGUGGGAGAAGUACUGUUUGAGCCAGUGCUUUACUAUUCCACAAGGGUUCUCUUUGCCUCAAGCUGUAUGUUAUCACAAACAAAUUGGGUGGAGCUGAUUUUUUCUACAAUUUUAUGGGCUAUGUCAUACAAUAUUUGAAUUAGCUAACUUGAUAAACCAUCUGUUGAUGCUUCCUCAGAUCAGGCAGCAGAACUGAAUGCACAGUUGGAUUCCUUGAGAAGCAAACUUGCUCAGGUAGUUGAAGAGUCCGUUGACCUCAAUAGAAAACUUCUGGCACGGGAAAGACAGUGUAGUAAGAGUAAAAGCUCUGUAGCUUCUUUUAUUGAAGUGAUACAGUUUUAUAAUGAACUGGGUUUCCAUGAGAAGUUCUCAGGUAAACACAUCUUUUAGUUCUCUAAUGAUCCUGUCUUCAGAUGCAUUUAAAAACGCAACUCUUUUGAGAAUUUGGAUAAGUUACUGAGGAAAGAUCUUAGUUGGUUUGUCUUUUCUCCAUAUUAUGUUUUGCAAUCCAUCCCCAACUUCGUCAAAUUUCCUUAGGAGCUGUUUACUUUUUUUUGUCAAGUCCUGGACUAUCUGAGUUAAAUGGUCAGGUGUAAUCGACUAAUGGGUUGUUUACUUAGUGUGCUGAAUAAAUAGUCUGAGAAUAAUAAAAUAACUAACUUAAGGUUAUUUUUAUGUGCUGCUCUUACGUGUAUGAGUAGUUAUUACCACACACAUUACAUAUAUUAAAUCAUAGGCUUCUUUAAUAUAAAUUGUUUGAAUGAGGGUCUUAAUCGAAUGAGUAAUAUAUUAGAGCUUAAAAUCGUGUUUUAUGAUUAAACGAAGUCAUAUUUUUGGCCGAAUGAAUAGAUCAUAUUUUUAAUUCAGUUUUAAAAUGUUCUUAAUAGUCAUUGUUGUAUGAGCUCUUUAGCAGGUUGUGAGCCCAAGUAGGGGUGGACUGGGUCGGGUCGGCCCGACCCGAGAACCGCUCCAGCCUGGCACUGUGUUGGCCCAACCCGGGACCCGUCUCGGCCCGGCACUGUGUUGUCACUCCUUCACUGUUACUUAGCUUUAAGUAAACAAUAAAUGGAGUAAUUACCGCGUGGCGUGUGCUUUAGGCGACACUUCAAGUCGCUGGAACACAAGUUCAUCACAAACGCCAACAGAAGACACGAGCAGCUCCUUCACCAUUUCGUACGUUUCAUCUCUACUCUCCAAGUCUCCAGAGCAAAGCAUCUCAAGUAAUUCCAUCAUCAGAUUAGCAACAUAUUUUCAUUCUAUGAUUGUUCUAUUAAAACCGGAAAUUCUUUGUUAGAUUAGAUGUGAUUGGUAUUGAAUUGUGUUAUCACGAUUUUAAAAUUUGUGCUCUUAUGUGUACUCAUAUUCCCUUUUCCAUUGGAACUUUUCUUUUUUCUCUCUUAAUAACUACCACUUCUAC